AUGUCAUCCAUGCCAUAUUUCGCUACUGUAAUGCGUUGUGUUAUUAAACAGAAGCGACAUCAAGAUAAUGAACGAUGUCAUUCUCAUUGUGUAUCAUCAACAACAUCAUCGACAAUACGUCAAGCAAAUAGUUCCACGGAUAUGUCAUGUGAUAAAUUAAUUUCAGUUGGAUCAACAGAUACUAGCAAUGCAAUAUCAUUCCAAGUUGACGAAAGAAAACCAAUAGUCAAAAAUUAA